UUUUCCAGUGUAUAAUAUACAAAAGUUGUAACAAUAAAAUAUUUGGAUAAGCACUAUAUAUAUAUACCCAAAGAAGUGUUAGAUUUAUAUACUUAAAUACCAAAACAGAAUUACAGAGAAUAGUUUAUACACUGCACGAAACUGCAUACUUUUUCAGACAUGGCAAUCUUCCGAAGUAAACUGUUUUUUUUGUUAAUCCUGUUCUGUCUCACCACUUAUGAGCUUCAUGUUCAUGCUGCUGAAGCUACACAGGUCGGUGAAGGCGUAGUGAAAAUUGAUUGCGGUGGGAGAUGCAAAGGUAGAUGCAGCAAAUCGUCGAGGCCAAAUCUGUGUUUGAGAGCAUGCAACAGCUGUUGUUACCGCUGCAACUGUGUGCCACCUGGUACUGCCGGAAACCACCACCUUUGUCCUUGCUACGCCUCCAUUACUACUCACGGUGGCCGCCUCAAGUGCCCUUAAAUAUAUAUAUACAAAGAUGUGUGUAUGUGUCUCCCGCGAGAGCACACACUUGUGUUUUGAAAGACAAUAGUAUGUAUGAUGUUAAUGGUUCAUGUUGAACUAGUAUGAGUUGUAUGAACUGUGUUUCUUUUGAACAACCACUUUGUUAAGUUUAGCAACACUAACUAUUAUCUAAAUAAUUAGAGACUGCAGUAAAACACAAACACGUUUUAAUCCGAA